AUGUUUAGUACCAAUGAUGCCCGUCGAUAUCCAGGAUUCUUCACUAGAACAUGGACGCCACCACCUGAGGGUAUUGGCAACAGAAGUAAUAACAUUGUCUUUACACACGGAACUACACCGCCAUUGACUCCACGCCUCGUCACGCCGAUUAGUGUGAGAGGACUUGCAGCCACAGACCCAUUGGGUCGUCUAACUCAUAGUAUGCCAACAGCCGCUGACGUUCAGGCAAACCGCGCAUUAGUUGGAAUCUCACGGGAAGAGCCUAAUAUUUCUCCACAUAUCAGUACUUUAGAUGUAAAUGCUUCUGCACGUAUUAAAGAUACUCAACGUUGUCGCUCCGGUUGGGAUGAUAUGACGCCGGAGGAACGAAUGGACUAUACAGCACGUCUUGAAAGUGAUAUGAGUAAUGUGAAGAAUACUCUGGAUCGUGCUUAUCAUCUUAGAGAUCAUUAUAAAGAAGAGGCUGCACGAUUACGAGGAGAAGUGAUGCAAAAACAAGCUUUAUUUGAUCGUCUUGAACGUGAUCAUCGAAAGUGUAGUGAAGUUAUAAGAUCUCAUCAAUUAGAAGUUCAGGAAUUACGACGUCAACUUGAUCUAUCAGAAGGAGAAGUCUAUCGUCUAAAGCAGGUGCUACAGUCUAAAGGAGAAAAUGAAUUCUUUUCACCCAUGGACUAUGAGAGACGAUUUUCACAAAAUGAGACUGAAAUGGCUAGACUGCAAGAAGAAAACAGAAGUCUGGAGAACCAGAUACAAAACUUACGAGAAGAACUCAAAGCUAAAAGCUCACUAACUGUACAAAAAACAACUAAGAGUGUUCAAGUAGAUAUUCUGGAUGAGUCACUCCAGAAAAUGGGUCAAUAUGAAGAAAAAGAAGAACAAUUGGCACAGUCACAACACUUGAUACAAGUGUUGCGUGCCGAAAUGCAGGAUUUAAGACAGCAACUCCAGAAAGAACGUCUUGACAAUGAAAGUAGUCUUAACGAAUUAAUUACGCAGCGUAACUCUACCCAAAGUAUAAACACCUCUUUAAGAGAGGAAAAAGAAGCCCUUGAUGAUCUUUGCCGACGUCAAAAUAAAGAAAUUCAGGAAUUACGUGAGGAUUUGCUACAACGGGCACCAGUAUCACAUCAAGACUACCACGCUCUCACUAAACGUUAUGAAGAACUGAAAGAAGAAAUUGAGCAUCUAAAAGAAAAACACGAUAAUUCACUUGACAUUGCUCUAGAACUAGAAAAACAAACACUGCAGCAGCAACUAUUUAACCUCCGUCACGAAGGAGAAGAAAAGGAACGUUUGUUACAGAACUCACUUAAGGAUGCAAGCCGGUUGCGAGAAUUAAAUGAAAAUUUUCAAAAAGAACUUGAACUAUCACGAAUGACAAAAGAAUUGCUAGAAAAGGAACUUUCCAAAACUAAAAAAGAGUUACAAUCUACAGAACAGAGCAACCGUGAAGCAGAAAAUAUUAUCGAAGAUUUAAAUAAACGUGUAUCUACACAAUUAUCUACUAUAAAUCAACUAACCGAUCGGUUAAACUAUAUCCAGCACACUACACACCAAGUAAAAAAUUAUGAUGAGGAACAACAGUCAACUCAGGGGAUAUACGGAACAACCACCUCAGCAACAACAGAAAUCCGCACUGAUACUGAAAUAAUGUCACAGAAAACCACACAAACUACAAUUGUAAAGCAUCCAACAAAGCAAACAAAAGUCACUGAAUCCAUACAAAAAUCAACAGAUGCAAAAGCCGUAACCGAAGAACAAACACAAAUACCAACGUCAACUGCAAUAACAGAAGACAUAACAAGAUUACAAAUGGAGUUACAAAAUGCAUGCAACACAAGGAAGGACCUAGAGAUCGAGAAUGCUGAUCUGCGUGAGCGCCUCUCUGCGGCAAUGGCGUCCAUCGAUCAGCUUGCAGAGGAGCGCAAUGUACAGGCUGCGAAGGUAGCUGAGCUGACAGAUGCCGUUUCUCGUCUUGAGAGCACUGCGGAUGCUCCU